AUGAAACUGAUGUUUUGGACUCUGCCCAUCAAGGAGAACCCUUGUGCUUCCAUGUCUAGUGUCACUAUUGGUCUCUGUCUUCUCACCCUCCUCCUGAUGGCCCUCAGGGGCCGAAAGAGCCAUCAUCACAAACCCCAAUUGGACCACACUAAAUAUCCCCCUCCUCCUGGCCCCACACCGUGGCCACUUGUCGGCAAUCUCCUCCAGAUGGGGGACCAGAUUCAUCUUUCCCUUACCAGCUUGAGGCUCCAGUACGGGGAUGUUUUCAAGAUGCGUCUGGGCUCUUUGACUGUUGUGGUCCUGAGUGGAUACACAACCAUCAGACAGGCGCUGGUUCGGCAGGGGGAUGCUUUCGCAGGGCGACCUGACCUUUUCACCUUCUCUGCUGUGGCCAACGGGACCAGUAUGACCUUCAGUGAGAAGUACGGACCGGCCUGGAUGCUUCACAAGAAGCUGUGUAAGAAUGCCCUCAGGUCCUUCUCCCAGGCAGAGCCCAGGGGAUCUGGUGCCACCUGUCUCUUGGAGGAGCACGUCUGUGCUGAGGCUGCCGAGAUGGUGGAGGUGAUUCGGGAGCAGGAUGCUGCUAAACGGGAAAUUGGCCAAGAUAUGAAGGGUAUAGAUCCAGUCGUACCCCUGGUAACCUCGGUGGCAAAUGUUGUCUGUGCCCUCUGUUUUGGGAAAAGGUAUGACUACAAUGAUGAGGAGUUUCUCACUAUUGUCAACAUCAACAACGAGGUCCUGAGGAUCUUUGCAGCAGGGAACCUGGCAGAUUUCUUCCCUGUAUUUCGCUAUUUUCCGAGUCCAUCUCUGAGGAAGAUGGUCCAGCACAUUCGGAGGAUGAAUGGAUUCAUGGAGAGGAGCAUUGAGGAACACAUCAACACCUUUGAUAGGAACUGUAUCCGGGAUAUUACAGACGCUCUGAUUGCACUUUGUGAGGACAGGGACGAAAAUAAGGAAACGACUGUGCUCUCCAACUCUCAGAUCAUUCACAGUGUUAUAGACAUCUUUGGGGCAGGAUUUGACACCAUCAUUGCUGGUUUACAGUGGAGCCUGUUGUACCUCAUCAAGUUUCCUGACGUCCAGGACAGAAUACACCAGGAGAUAGAUGACCACAUUGGCACAGCCAGACUGCCCAAGUUUUCAGAUAAGCCCAAGAUGCCUUUCACGGAGGCGUUCAUAUAUGAAGUGUUUCGUCAUGCUUCCUAUGUCCCGUUCACCAUACCUCACUGUACAACAAGAAACAUCACCCUGAAUGGAUAUUUCAUCCCUAAAGAAACAUGCGUCUUCAUCAACCAGUAUCAAGUCAAUCAUGAUAUUGAUCUGUGGGGCGACCCGGAAACAUUUCGCCCUGAACGCUUCCUGGGUCCAUCAGGACUCUUCCACAAGGAGCUGACAGAGAAGGUUCUCAUCUUUGGCAUGGGCAAGAGACGCUGUCUUGGUGAUGGAUUUGCCCGCUUGGAAAUGUUUGUGUUUCUCACCACGCUGCUCCACGGGCUGCGAAUUGAAAACGUUCCAGGGCAAGAGCUGGAUCUCAGCACCGACUUUGGUCUGACAAUGAAACCACGCCCAUACAGUAUAACUGUCUCAUCGAGGUUUUAGAAACCUCAAAACCCCAAACGAUGCUCUGUGAGGUUGUUUUGGAAUAUCUCCAAUCACAAAUACUAAUUAUUGUUUUUUGUUUGUAAGCCACCAUCUUUGGCUGACCUUCAUAACACCACAGAAAUGCAGUACCUCUCAUUAUACUGUUCCGUGUUCACAGACUGGAAUAUUUAUUUUGGCAAAUGUCGUCAAAACCAGACACACACACACAAACAACAAAAGGGAAACAUACUUGAUGUAUCAAACUGUAUUGAAGGCAUUGAGAAAUAGAUAUUUAUAGCAUUGGAUAUGAACUAAUUUAAUGUUUGUAUUGAAUAUUUGCAGGGUGAGGGUCAUUCAAAGUGCCUCUGUGCCUGUAUUUGGAAAGGGCAGAGUCCCUCCGCUGCACUGUCCCACCACAUUAAAAAAUGAAACUAGCUUGAAAACAGGCCCUCAUUAAAAGUCUUUAUCUUAAGAUAUUAGUUACAGUCAAACACUGUGGGAGGAGGAGAGGGGCUGUUUCAGAUUGGCGAUCAGCGCUUCAGGCCUCAAAUAGUGUUCAUGCAGGGUUCAUCCUCACUCUCACUGGCCCUGUUUUCCCCCUCCUUGCUUCAACUUUUCUUCCAUCUCCUCCUCAUCAGUUACAUUCCCUUUCAUCUUCUCAUCCCCCCGUGUCCUCGUGUCUUCAUCCCCCUUCCCUGGCUCCUCCUCCUCUUUUACUGUAGCUUCAAGGGAAACACUGCCGCGCUAACUCGUCUGCCCACCUCCGAAGUCUCCUCCGGUGGCUCUCCGAGGAAUGACGCAAAAGUCUAUAUUAAGACAUUUUUAACCUCCUCCUCCUCCUCCUCCUCCUCCUCUCCCAUCAGUACUGUGACCUCCCACACACUCAGUUUAGAUACAGCCCCAGACAUCAUUCCGGGAUGUAAAGUGGACAGCGAAGCGUGAAAUCAGGCUGUUCCAUUUACAUAAGCUAAAUGUAAAGAAGCAUGGCAGUAUGUGUUUGAACAAAAGGGAUGUUAGGCAGAAUUACUUGUGGGAACUUUAUCCUUAGAAUGAAAAGUUUGAAAGUUGUGUUCAUGGCAGUAUUUUCUGUUUUAAACUUUUAUCUAUGCAGGGGACGUCUUAGUGCUUGUGUUGUUAUACCAGUAAACUGACAGAGUUUUGUUGUGUUGACCAGCGAGUUGUAACACUUGAGCAAUGGCCUGUCUCAAGGAUUCAAACUGGCAACAAUAAUUGCAUAUUAAUCGAUUAUGGGUAGUUGAAUGAGAGGGAGAGAAUAGAGGCAAUUCCAAGAAUUUAAUGAUUAUCCAAAGCAAAUAAAAACAAAUUAACGAAUUAAACCACAUCUGAAGGAGACCUUGGUUGAAGUUGGAGUUGGUUGAAUUAAUAUCAUAUGAAGUAAUAUCAUAGCCUAUGAUGUGUGGUUUUUUAGUUUUUUUUUACAUGAAUCCUGUUAAGCACUAAAAUGUUGUAAAACAGUUUGACCUAUAUGAAGCAUAUCAUAACAUAUGUAGAGAAACAUGUACCUUGAAAAUAAAA